AUGGAUUUAAGCCAUUCAACGAAAGAAAGUGGUGAUAUCCCGAUGGAGUCCAAAUCAGCAAAGACCGUCCCUCCUCCUGUCGUAGUAGCAGCCUCCAAAAAGGCAGCCAAACUGCCAAAAGUGUCAAGAUGGAAAAGAUGUCUUGGCAUUUUUGACUUCAUGCUUAGAUUAUGUGCCAUAGCUGCUGCUUUGGCAGCUGCUACCGCUAUGGGAACCACCAGCCAACAACUCCCUUUCUUCACCCAGUUUUUCCAGUUCAAAGCUGACUACAAUGACCUCCCUGCUUUCACGUAUUUCGUCAUUGCAAAUGCCAUGGCUGGUGCAUACUUAGUCCUCUCAUUGCCAUUCUCAAUAGUGUGUAUCAUUCGUCCACAUAUCAUAGGAGCUAGGCUGAUGCUUCUUGUUUUCGACACUAUUGCAGUGCCCUUGGUCACAUCUGCUGCAUCUGCUGCUGCGUCCAUAGUCUACUUAGCACACAAUGGAAAUUCAAACGCGAAUUGGGGGGCCAUUUGUCGUCAAUUUGAUGACUUCUGCCAGCGUGUUAGCGGAGCAGUGGUGGCUUCCUUCAUUACAGCACUCCUUUUCGUGGUUUUGGUCAUUGUAUCAGCAGUGGCUCUAAGAAAAAAGUGA